AUGGGCUUCUAUAAAUCGUGGAGUCUUGAUUUGCUCGAAUGCUGCUCCGUUCAUCGGAACUUAGGUGAGAUAAAAAAAUAAUACAGAAAUAAUUGGAGUCAUUUUUGAGGUUUUUGUGAAAAAAAUGAAAAUGGGUAAAAAUAAAUGCAAUUCUCUUGCUUAAGUUAUCUUCGAAGUGAAAUUUAUCAAUUUUUACGUUUGUGGAAAGGAGACAUUUUUUGUUUCCUAAAUUUUAAUUACAGUUAGAUUUAUUUCGGACUAGUUUUUCAUGGAUGAUCAGACUUUUUUUAAAGACUAGUCACUCAGGUCGAGCUACAAGUUUCGUCCGACACUUGAGGCGCAGUUUCUGGGAUGAGCAGCAUUUCAAGCUCAUGGUCGCCCUGACCAGGUAUAUCACUUUAUUUUCUUUGAACUACAAUGUCUCUUAUUUUCUUUCAGCAAUCACGCAAACCGAAUCUGGGAAAGCGCCAUCAACGAACCCAACAGCAAAGCACGCAAACCGCGUUCGAAGUGAGAUCCACCUGUCAUCAUUUUUCACCCCUUGUCGUUUUUUUCUCUUUUCAGUGACCCCAUUUACCCGCACAAGGACACAUUUAUCCGUGAAAAAUACGUCAAACUGGCUUUUCUGAGUAAGAAAAAAGGCGACGAUACGGAGAAGGAUAGCUUGAACCGGCAGUUGUUCUCUUGUGUCAGGAGCGAAUACGUGAAUGUCACUUUGAGGUGAGAUCAAUGUCAUGCAGUGACAAUUUGAAGAUGAUUUGAAAUAAAUUAGGAUCAUGGCAGGUUCAGAAAUUCUACAAAGAUGCUUGCAAAAAUUAAAUUUUUAUAUUCAAAACUGCAUGCCUGUCCACAAAUAAAUGAAUCAGAAUGAACUUUCUUCCCAUGAAGAAAAAUUAUCAAAAACUUUCUUGAAAUGUAUGAAUUUUAUAGUUUUUUCAAUUUUUAAAAUAUUUCAUUGUUGAGAAAAAAAUUGGAAAUUUUUGUUUGCAAAUGGCCAUGUCAUAAGGACUCCAUAUGGACUAUAUUUUUUUAGUCUCUUCCUUUUGUGCAAGAAAUUUUUUUAGAAGUCGGUUUUUUUAUAGUUCCUUUUUUUAAAGAUUUUUUUAAUUUCAGGCUGCCUAGUGAAAGUCUGAAACGAAAUAAAUGAAAAUUUGAAACUGUAUAUAAUCUUUAUAGACUGAUUGCCCUUGGAGCCGAUGUCAACUAUGUGGAUCCUGAAACCGGAGAAACUCCACUUCAUGUGGCGGCGCGAGAAUCUUCUGAGCUUCAGGUUAGUUUCAGUGAUCCUAUUGAGCCAGCAGUUUGUGUAAUUUUAAAAAUAAUGAUCUCUUUCAGAUCGAACUGCUUUUCCUUUUCGGAUGCUCUCUUGGCUCAAAAAACAACGACGGGGACACUGCAAAAGACGUUGUCGUUAAAACUGGAAAUGUAAAAUUGCAUGAUAACUACCUUUUGGAUAAUGGAUAUAUGAGUUCAGAGCGCUUUGGAAAACCGCUUUUCUGAACUGGAAUACUACGCUACGGACCGUUUUUCUCUGUUCCUUUGUGGUAGGAAGCCGACUCAUUGGGUUUGUUCUUUCUUUAGGUUUUAUCAAAAUCUGAAAACUUAGGACAACAAGCAUUUCUUGAUUCCGGAUCUGAUGGACAAGUCGUUUGUGGGCAAAACGCUCCUUUCCAGAAAUUGCAUGCAACUCGUUUCUGAUGAGCACCUGGCCAUUCUCAGACAGGAUCUUUAUGACGAGGUUAGGAUUUUUUGUUUUCUGAAGCUUUCAAUGAUUCUUUGAAAAUGUUGUCAGUGAGAAAAAUUCAUAGAUUAUACAACUUUGAAUAUUUAAAUUUUACUAAUCAAUUAACUUCAGGUUGAUCGUCGCGAGUGCGAAAAAGCCUGGAGAGAGGCCAACUGCCCCUGUUCGCCUUUUAUCACACUCUUCCUACCGGUAAUUAAAAAUAAAUGUCUAGAAACAGUUUCGAAAAUGAUUUUCAGCUUGAAAGUCAUCUAUCUUCAACCAGAAACCAAUGGCGCCAAAAAUUGGCCAAAAGCAACGCUCUGCAGUUUGCAACUCUGCUCAUCGAUGUGUUGAAGGUAGAACUUCAAGAAACACAAUCUAGAAAGUUGUCUGAGUUUCAGGAAAAAAAGCGCAGACAACUGGGAGAACCCCUGUGGAAACUGACCGCAGUGCGAACGAAUCUCUGAUUUUGAGAGGGUUAGUGAAGGAUAUUGAUUUUCUCUUUCUUCUCAUCAGCGUCUUUGAUAAUUGUGAUUAUGCCUCGGCGCAAUCUUCUGCAUCUUCAGGAAAAAUAGAGCAAAAAGUGUUUUAGAUAGAAAUUAGAAAUUUCUAGAAAAUCGCCCAAGUUCACGGCGCGCUACGACGAUUACGAUGAAGUUGCUGGUCAAUCGACAGUUUCUCCUUCCACGGGACACCGAACUCAUUCAGCUAGCGUCUGCAAAGAUGACACAGCUCCGCUGCUCGACGACAUGCUUGAGCUCAAGGAAAAACUCUUAACAACCGAGCAAACUGUCGCCCACUUGACGACUCAAAACCAGGAGUUAACCAAGUUAGUUUCUGUUUUUUGAAAAAAGUAAGAGCCUGGAAUGUUCCUUUAGAGCUUUUUCUAACUUCCAUUUUUUUAAAAAAAAAUCUUUUUAUGACUACUUUCAAAAAUUCAGAUUGGUCAAUCAACUCUGUGCUACCACCACCAACAUCAAUGCGGAAUGCGUCUCUCUUCGUGAGGAGGUUCAUUGAGAUUUCAAUUCAAAAUAAAACUUUCCUGUUUCAAGGUGGCCCGUUUGAGCCGCCUCACCUUGACUCGACGCAUGCCUUCUCCUUUGACGACAAGUAAUUUUUUUCUCACUUCAUCCAGAUUUUGUUUGGAAUUAAGGCGACAUCGCUACCCCUCCGAGGCCAAUCAUUCCAACACCGAUUUUGAACCGACCUUCUCCUAACGCUUUUCCGUCGGCGUUCCAGAAAAGGUGAGAGAAAAGCUGAGGAUUUCCCGUUAUAUUGAAAAUUGUUUAUUUCCUCAAACGUAUUCAAAAUUAAAUUCUGAUCUUCAGAGAACCCGAAGAACGCCCUCGCGAAGAAGGGAGCCGUUGGAGAUCGGCCUCGAGUGACCGCCGCAACUCAAACGAUCGCCCAAUCCGCCCUGAUGCCAAUCUUCGCCUUCCUCCUACCGAUCAAUCUGCACAGCGCCAUUUCCAUGAAAAUGGAUCGUCCAAUCAUUCCGGCCAUAUCUCCCGGAAGCCAAAUAUUCGACCGGAAGGUUUUCUUUCAAAAUCACAUUGGAUGAAUAUCGAUGAAAUUCAGAUCUCACUGCCAUCGUUCAACAGGGCGACCUUGUGGCGCAAAAAAUCCGUAUUUUGCUCCAACAUGGUGUCGACAGCACGCUUGAUACUUCUGACAACGCUGCUAGAUGCGCAUACGAUGUGAGUAUUAGUUAGAAGACAACUGAAAAUGAUUCAGAAAAGGAAGGAUUUUCGGCCUAGUACAAAAGCUCUGUCACAAACUAAAUUUGGUCUUUUUUUAAUCAUUUAAAAAAAUAAGCGUUUUUAAAAAGAAUAAUAUAUUUACUGGCCACUUCUGUCUUUAUUUCCUAAUUUAUGUAAUAAUAAAUGUUCUUCCAAGCCUUUGACAGUUGAAAAGCCGUUUUUUACACCACUGUUACUUGCAUAGCACUAUGUUUUCAGGUAUCUCGCACCAUCAGCCAAAUGGUUUCCAUGAUCCCGCACACUUUCUCAAGAGAUGGAAUCAACGAUCUAAUCGACACUGUCGUGGUAUGAAAUUUUCUCGAAAAUAUAAGAAAAAAUUUAGAUGCAUUCACAGGUUCUCAACGCGAAAUGCAACGCGCGACAGCUUUCUCCGGACGAAAUCUGCAAGGCGGCUCAUCAAGUCGCCGACAAGCUCCGUCACAUUCUUCUCUACAUUUUCUAA